ACCAACCCCAGAACCUCACAGGGCCGGCUGUGCUCCUCUUUUUGCCUUUGUGUCUGAGGAGAGAGAGGGCAUGAAAGAGGGAUCAGAGUGGUUGAAAGAGUUGUCCUGAGGAUGCUUGUAAAGAUUGGAUUACUCUGCAAAGCUUGGGAUGCUUAAAAACUGUAACUGACAGACCAACGUUUACCUCUAAAACUCUGAUUUCCUACAUUUCCCUGCCCUCCACAGGGCUUAGGUGACCUUUUUUGCUUGUACUGUUUCAUUCUGUGAAACUUAAACCUAACGCAUUUGUUUUGGGGGGUGUGUGGUUUUUGUUCUGGACCAUGCUCUCCCUGUGGUUGUUUCUGCUCCCUUGCCUGAGCCUCGUGCCCCUGGCCCCGGCUGAAAAGGGCCUGGAGUUCCCACAGUACGACGGGAAAGACCGCGUCCUAGAUGUCAAUGACAAGAACUACAAGAAAGCCUUGAAGAAGUACAGCAUGCUUUGUCUGUACUACCACGAGCCUGUACCGGACAGCAAGGAGCUGCAGAAACGACACCAGAUGACUGAGCUGGUUCUGGAGCUCGCAGCUCAGGUUCUGGAAGAGAAGGACAUCGGGUUUGGAAUGGUUGACUCCCACAAGGAUGCAAAAGUUGCAAAGAAGCUGGACCUGGAGGAGGAGGGCAGUGUUUACGUUUUUAAGGCCGACCGUGUGAUCGAGUUUGACGGCUUGCUGUCAGCUAACACCCUGGUGGAGUUCUUGUUGGAUCUGUUGGAGGAACCAGUGGAGGUGAUAGGAAACGCUCUGGAGCUGAGAGCCUUUGACAGGAUGGAGGAAGACAUCCGCCUCAUUGGUUACUUCAAGAGCGAGGACUCUGAGCACUACGAGGCCUUUAAAGAAGCAGCAGAGCAGUUCCAGCCUUACAUCAAGUUCUUUGCAACAUUUGAGAAAUCGGUGGCCAAAGAGCUGACUCUGAGGCUGAACGAGGUGGAUUUCUAUGAGCCCUUCAUGGAGGAGCCGGUCACCAUCCCAGGCAGGCCUCACUCCGAGGAGGUGCUGGUGGACUUUAUAACUGAACACAGACGACCAACUCUGAGAAAACUGCGUGCAGAAGAUAUGUUUGAGACCUGGGAGGAUGAUAUUGAUGGAAUUCACAUCGUUGCUUUUGCAGAGGAGGAGGACCCUGAUGGUUUUGAGUUCUUGGAGAUCCUGAAGGAGGUGGCCAGAGACAACACCCAGGUACCUGAGCUCAGCAUCGUCUGGAUCGACCCUGAUGACUUUCCCCUGCUGAUCCCCUACUGGGAGAAGACCUUCAAAGUGGACCUGUUCAGACCUCAGAUUGGAGUCGUCAACGUUACAGAUGCUGACAGUGUGUGGAUGGAGAUGGACGAUGAAGAGGAUCUGCCCACCGCGCAGGAGCUGGAGGACUGGAUCGAAGACGUGCUCUCUGGUAAAGUCAACACCGAGGACGAUGAUGAUGAAGAUGAUGACGAUGACGAGGAGGAGGAGGAGGAUGAUGACGAGGAAGAAGACGAUGAAGAAGAUAAUGAUGAAAAUGAGGCCGACGAUGACGACCAGGAUGAUGAAGAGGAUGAUGAAGAGGAUGAGGAUGAAGAUGAUGAGGAUGAUGAUGAUGAGUAAAACGUAGCCUGAGGGUAGUAGAUGGUUAAGAUUCAGUUUUUCUUCUUCUAGUUUAACAAAUGUACAGUUAAAUAACUUUUCACAAAUCAAAUAAUUCCAAAUAUACAGAAUAUUUGCAGCUAGAAAUAAAAAUAAAUCUAUUCAGCGUCUAGAAAUGUUCUUUUCGACCAUGUAAAUAAGCCUGGAAUGGGUUUUGGGAUUAAAAUAAAUUAUAUGUACACUUCC